GGGCCGGCCUUCCAACAUCUGCCCAAUGAAUCAGGAGCGGAUGCGAUGUAUCCUUUUUCAGUGGCGUGAAUGGCCAAUGGGAGUGGGCUUGUGGAGCAAACACUGCGCGCUGCCUUCCCAUUCAUUCAGAGCAGAGGAGGCCCGCAGAGCCGCGCGCACCGUCUGACCCGCGGACGCACUUUUUUUUACCCACAUCUUCCUCCUCCUCCUCUUCCUCCUCUCCCUGAGCAGACCCGCCGGAGCACAGCCGCGGCUCGGAGGAACUCUUGGAUCUAUAUUUUUAUUUUUGAUUCUUGUUGCUGGUUUUUGUCUGCAGCAGCAGCAGCAGCAGCUCCUGGAGCUCCGUGGAUUUACAGAUCUGGGGACGCGCGCGCGUCAAAACCUGAAAAACCUCCAAAGGAAUAACCUCGAGUCUGGAUUAAUAAUCUGAACCAUGCUUUUCGCCGCAUAAUCUGCGCCARACUUUCCCUGUUCGGAUGGAGUUUUGUUGAACUUGUUGGAUGGAUUCGACACUGUGGAUGAUUGUGUUUAGGUUUUCCGAUGCACGUCCACGGUGACUGUCGGCAGUGGUGAUCCCCCCCCCAGAUGGAGCUCCAAAGUCAGCAUGGCCCCGGCGGUCCGUUGGUGGUGAUCCAGCAGCCGUCCCUGGAGCGGCGGCAGAGGCUGGAGCUGGAGCACGCCGCCAUCCUGUCCCUGGAGCAGAUCAAGGCCAUCCGCUCCAGCAACGAGUACACGGAGGGGCCCUCGGUGGCGCGGCGGCCUCCCGCGCCCCGCACGGCCCCCAGGCCCCAGGACAAGCAGGAGCGGACCCACGAGGUCAUCCUCGUCAACGUGAACAACAACUACGAGCGCCGGGUGCUGGGGCUCGGGGGCGGCGGGUCYCGUGCGCCCGGCCUCAGCCGGUCCACCAGCACGGGCAGCGCCGCCAGCUCGGGCARCAACAGCAGCGCCUCCUCCGAGAAGGGACUCCUGACCCGCUCCCYGCCCGCCAGAGCGGACCGGCCCGUCCGGACUCAACCGAAACCCAAAAGCCUGUCUCAGAUCCCCCCUCAGCCCCCGCCGGAGGCGCCGCUCAAGCCCCACCAGGGCAAAGCGGACUUCCCGGGCCCCGCCUCCGCCGGGCACCAGUUCAUCUGCGAGCGCUGCGGGAAGUGUAAGUGCGGCGAGUGCACGGCGCCGCGGAGCCUGCCCUCCUGCCUGGCCUGCAACGGCCAGUGCCUGUGCUCGGCGGAGAGCGCGCUGGAGCACGGCACGUGCAUGUGCCUGGUGAAGGGCCUCUUCUACCACUGCUCCAGCGACGACGACGAGGGCGACUCGUGCGCGGACCACCCCUGCUCGCUGUCGCGCUCCCACUGCUGCUCCCGCUUCCUGUGCAUGGGAUUAAUGUCGGUACUCUUCCCCUGCCUGCUGUGCUACCCGCCCGUCAAGGGCUGCCUGAAGGCGGGCCAGGGCUGCUACGACCGGGUCCGCAGGCCCGGCUGCCGCUGCAAGAACUCCAACACCGUUUACUGCAAACUGGAGAGCUGGGCCCAACAGAACCGGGACAAGCCCUCCUGAUUCUGCUUCUGCACAGGAGAAAAAAAUACAAAUCCAUGUUUAUGAAACAAUAAGCACCUCCCGCCUCGACCCUCUCUCCAGGCUGCAGAACAGUUCGGAGCUAAAGCGAAAGGAAAACCACUCGAUUCUUUUUAUUUUUAUUUCCCUUCUGGAUCAGGACCGUUUUUACAGACCAGUGUUUGCCUUAAUCCUGUCCUCAGCUCCUCAUUAACACUAUUUUUAUAUACAUGAAUAUAUAAAUGAGUUUUCUUCCGUUUUUUUCUUUGUUUUAGGCAGUUUUUCUGCCUCACACCAAAUCUGUGAAGGACGAUCUCUUCAGGCCGUGAUGUAGCUGUUACCUGGUGUUCMUAACAAGCAGGUUUCUUUCACUUUCUGGUUCUUCUGGUGUUUUUUUUUUUGUUUUGUUUUUUUUAACAAGAAGCCCGUUCAUCUCGUAGUAUUCUCCACUCGGAUAUGUUUCUCCUUCACGCUGUGGCAUUCUCCCUUUUUAUUUUAUUUUAUUUUGUGUAAACUUUAAGCUCCAUAAGAGGAAUUUUGGCUAUUUUUCAAAAAAAAAGAAAAGAAAAAAAAAUGUCUGUUAAAACAUUUUUUUGUUGUUGUAAAAAAAUAUUUAUUAUGUGAAGCUCUAUUAUUUUAUGAUAUUUAUUGCAAGAGACAGUCUUAAAAUUUACUCAUGUCUGAAUAUAACAAAAUAUCAAAUACUUACUGAAAAAAAAUUAAAGGGUGGCACAAAGAAAACUAUGUUAACUUUAAUGCAGAAAAAUAUAUUAAUUAAUGAAAAACAA